AGUUCAAACUCCCAUGCUCCUGCCAGCUCUGGGUGGGUGGGUGGGUGUUCUUCCAAGCUGCCAUCCAUGGCUCCUCUCAUCUUCCUCCUCCUACUCAGCCAAGUCCUUGUCUGCACAGCCGUUGAUAUCAUCAACUCCACCUCACCGUUGUCUGGGACGACACACAGGAUUGUAUCCCAGGGCAAGAAAUUCACCUUGGGAUUCUACUCCCCGACACAAGGUAACACCACCUCUUCCAGCUCCAACACCUACUACAUAGCCAUAUGGUACAGCGACAUACUGCCGGUGACGACGGUGUGGACGGCGACCACCGACGUGCCGGUUUCCGACCCGACCAGAGCCGCCUUGGCCAUGGGCAGCGAUGGCAACCUUGUCCUCUUUGACCAAUACAGGAACAGGGAGCUGUGGUCGACCAACGUGAGCGUACCCUCCAACUCCACCAUGGCCAUCAUCAGGGACACCGGUAGCCUCGACCUCACCGACGCCUCGAAUUCAUCCAUAAUUUAUUGGCGGAGCAUAGACCAUCCAACAAACACCUGGCUUCCAGGGGGGAAGCUCGGGCUGAACAAGAUCACCGGCGUGAGCCAGAGGCUUGUUCCUUGGAAGAACACGGCAGACCCAUCUCCAGGGCUGUUCACGCUGGAGCUGGACCCAAACGGCACGCCACAGCUUUUCAUCCAGUGGAAUCUGUCCAUAACCUACUGGUCCAGUGGCCCUUGGAACGGCCAUAACUUUAGCCUUGCACCGGAGAUGACAGUCGGUUUCACAUUCGACUUCCCAUUCAUCAACAACGACACUGAAGGCUACCUCUUCUACUCGCUGAGGGAUGACUCGGUCAUCUCGCGGUUCAUCAUCGACGUGGGCGGGCAGAUCAAGCAUCUGUCAUGGGUGGAUUCCUCACAGCAGUGGAUGUUAGUCUGGGCCCAGCCACCGAUCCAGUGCGAGGUCUACGCGCUCUGUGGGGCAUACGGCAGCUGCAACCUCAAUGCCUUGACGCACUGCAGCUGUGUCAAGGGGUUCAGCCAGAAGGUUCAGAGUGACUGGGACCUCCAGGAUUACAGCGGCGGGUGCAAGAGGAACACGCCAUUGCAUUGCCAGACCAACUCGACUUCUGCACAUGCACAGACUCAUCAGUCUGACAAGUUCUAUGUCAUGGAAGAUGUGUUGCUACCUGAUAACGCUCAGGGUGCAGUGGCUACAAGCUCUCACGAAUGUCAGGUGGUGUGUCUGGAUAGCUGCUCUUGCACCGCUUACACUUACAAUCACACUGGGUGCUUCAUUUGGCACGGGGACCUCGUUAACCUCCGAGAGCAGUACAGGGGAAAUGGAGGAGGCGAUCUCCUCCUCAGGCUCGCAGCAUCCGAGCUGGCAGACCCAAAAAAGCCCAAGAUGGUGAUCAUUGGUGUAGCUGCUGGUGUAGGCUUGAUAAUGCUUGCAAUGUUCUUCCGAUAUCAGAAAUGCUGCCGAGACAGAAGAAGGCAUUGGGUAUCCGAGAAUGCUGGGAUGAUAGCCGCACCGACUGGCUUCAGGUACAAUGAUCUAUUGGACGAUAUUCAAAUUGCUACGAAUGACUUCGGCAAAGGAAAUAUGCUUGGUGCAGGAGGUUUUGGUAUGGUUCAUAAGGGAGUCCUACCUGACGGUAAACAAAUAGCAGUAAAAAGGCUAUGCCAGAGUUCCAAGCAAGGGAUAGGGGAGUGGAAAAGUGAACUUGUCCUGGUUGCUAAGCUUCGCCACAGGAAUCUUGUGAGCCUCAUUGGCAUUUGUUUGGAAGAACAAGAGAAAAUACUUGUGUAUGAAUUUAUGCCCAACAGAAGCCUUGAUACCAUUCUUUUUGAUUCGGAGAAAUGUAAGGACCUAGAUUGGGGAAGGAGAUUCAAGAUUAUCAACGGAGUUGCUAGGGGAUUACAAUAUCUCCACGAAGAUUCUCAGCUGAAGAUAGUUCACCGGGACCUGAAAGCAAGCAACAUCCUGUUGGACUUUGAUUACAACCCUAAGAUUUCUGACUUCGGCCUAGCAAAGAUAUUUGGAGGGGAUCAAUCAGAAGAUGUCACCAGCCGUAUCGCUGGAACAUACGGAUACAUGUCGCCUGAAUACGCCAUGCAUGGUCAGUACUCAACAAAGUCGGAUGCGUUCAGCUUCGGUGUUUUGGUUUUAGAGAUCGUCACAGGAAGAAGAAACAGUGGCUCCUGCACCUCCGAGAAAUACGUUUACCUCGUAAACCUUGUAUGGGAGCACUGGGUCAGGGGAAAUGUCAUCGAGCUGAUCGACGCAUCGCUUAGCAGGCAUCCUUCUCCCACUGAACAGAACAGGCCUAAAGACAGGCCGACAAUGUCGUCGGUAAACGUCAUGCUUAGCAGCCACAAUGUUCGUCUCCCUCCUGUUUCCAUGCCGGCCUUCUGUGACGGGUUGAACGGGUGCAGUGAUAAUUCAGAAGCGGCGUCCUCAAAUGGGGUAACCAUGACAAGGCUCGACCCAAGAUGAGCCUUGGAGCAGUCGCUGAGCCAGUUUGGACUAGUGUUAAUUUACAGUCUGUUUA